AUGGCCACAAGAGGGAACGAUUUCUUCAUUGCUGAGGGAAUAGCUCCCCCAGAAAGGAUCCUGUUUCCACCGGAGAAGAUUUGCAUGGUCUGGCAGCAGCAGCAGAGUGCUGGAGCGGGGCUGUUCAAUGUGGGCAACACGUGCUUCCUCAACGCUGUCCUGCAGUGUUUGACCUACACCCCGCCACUGGCCAACUACCUGCUGUCCCGAGAGCACAGCAAGGCCUGUCAGCAGCAAGGUUUCUGCAUGAUGUGCACCAUGGAAGCACACGUUAACAAGGUCUUCCAUUCCCCUGCCAGUGCCAUCGUGCCUUGGGCUGUCCUCAAGGUUUUUGGACAACAUUUUCAGCUGGGUAUGCAGGAAGAUGCCCAUGACUUCUUGUGCUGUACAGUCAAUGCCAUGCAGAGAGCUUGUCUGAGCGCAAGCAGCGACUUGGACCUCUCUUCUGAAUCCACUACCAUCAUCCAUCAAAUAUUUGGGGGCUUUCUGAGAUCCAGAGUCACCUGCUUCAGCUGCAAAGCCGUUUCUGACUCCUACGAGGCCUUCCUGGAUGUUCCUUUGGAUAUCAAUGCAGCCUCGUCCCUCACUGCAGCUCUGGAAGAGUUUGUGACACCUGAGCAGCUGGAUGGUGAAAACUGCUUUAAAUGCAGCAAGUGUAAGGAGAAGGUUGCUGCCUCCAAGAGGUUCACAAUCCACUGUGCACCUAAGGUUCUGACGGUGUGUCUGAAACGGUUUGACUGUUUGACCGGCGGGAAGAUGAACAAGGCUGUGGAGUACCCCGAGUACCUGGAUCUCCGCCCGUACAUGUCCGAGGCCGAUGGAGAGCCCCUCUAUUACUCCCUGUAUGCUGUCCUGGUGCACAGUGGCGACAGCUGCCAUGAAGGACACUAUUUCUGCUACACCAAGGCCAGCAACGGGCUGUGGUACCAGAUGGAUGAUGAGUGUGUGGAGCUUCGUAGCAUUGACACAGCUCUCGGGCAGCAAGCCUACCUGCUGUUUUAUGCCAGAUCUGAGGCUUGGACAAAAGGCUUCUUCCUCGCUAGUACCAUCAUAUGCACCAUCCGUCCUCAGUCAGUGGGCAGCCAGCAGCAAGCAGGUGGCUUCUAUUGUCCCACAGGUUUUGCCUGA